GUGUAGAGGGAGGCUGGGGAUGCGGCCUGACAGAACCCAGGCUGUACACGGGCCUGUAUGCGCUCCGCACUCCCCCCGUGUCCUGCAUCGCCACAGACAGCUCGGGUCAGAUCCUAGAAGACGGCGGGCGAGCAGGGACCGAGUGUGCCGCCAACCCUGACACCCUUCCCCGCUUCUCAUGGGUGCAUACACUGAAGUUGUAGCAAAAACCUGCUAGAGGUCAGCUGAGUCAAAUUGGCGAUCUCAUUAAUACUUUACUCUUCCUUUGUCGAAUGUAACAAAUUCAUUUUAAACUGUUGACCUAUCAUGGGAGGAGCAGUGAGCGCCGGGGAAGACAAUGAUGAUUUAAUUGACAAUCUGAAAGAGGCACAGUAUAUACGUACUGAAAAAGUAGAACAAGCCUUCAGAGCAAUUGACCGAGGAGAAUAUUACUUGGAAGGUUACAGGGACAAUGCAUAUAAAGACUUGGCAUGGAAGCAUGGGAACAUACACCUAUCUGCACCUUGCAUCUAUUCAGAAGUCAUGGAGGCUUUAAAGCUUCAACCGGGAUUAUCUUUUCUAAACCUUGGAAGUGGAACUGGAUAUUUAAGUACAAUGGUGGGCUUAAUUUUAGGUCCCUUUGGCAUUAAUCAUGGAGUUGAGCUUCAUUCAGAUGUGGUUGAAUAUGCAAAGGAGAAAUUGGAGUCUUUCAUUAAAUACAGUGAUAGCUUUGAUAAAUUUGAAUUUUGCGAACCUGCUUUUGCAGUUGGCAAUUGUUUGGAGAUUGCAUCAGAUAGUCCACAGUAUGAUCGAAUUUACUGUGGAGCUGGUGUUCAGAAGGACCAUGAAAACUACAUGAAAAUUCUGUUGAAAGUUGGUGGUAUUUUAGUUAUGCCUAUUGAGGACCAGCUUACUCAGAUCCAGAGAACAGGGCAAAACACAUGGGAAAGUAAAAAUAUUUUAGCGGUUUCAUUUGCUCCCCUAAUGCAACCAAGUAAAAACGACAACCACAAACCUGAGACUGUGAGACUACCCGCGUGUAAUGUCCGGAGCCUUCAGGACUUGGCCCGCAUCUAUAUUCGUCGCACACUUAGAAACUGCAUAAAUGAGGAGAUGCAGGCCAAAGGUAUACCUCCAAAGGCACCCCCAAAGCGGAAAAGGAGGCGGUGCCGCAGGCGCCGCAUAAACACCUAUGUAUUUGUAGGAAACCAACUUAUUCCCCAAGCCUUAGAUAGCGACGAUGAUGAAAAAAUUGACGAGGACAGUAAAGAAGAAGAGAAGGAUCAUAAUGAGGUGAUGAAAGCUGAGGAACCGCCACCAAAUCUUCUUCGAGAGAAAAUUCUAAGCUUACCUCUCCCUGAAUCUUUAAAGGCAUACUUGACCUACUACAGAGAGAAAUGAUGUAUGUGAAACUAAAACUGUAAUGCCUGCUGAUUUCAUUUCUUUCUUGAAAAUGUAGCAUUUGUUGAUAAACUAUUUGGCAGUUAAACCUUUUAGUGACAGUUUCAGUGGACACCUAAAACUGUCUAGAUUCCAUGCAGCUCUUCUUUUUUUUUUUUUUUUUUUUUUUUUUAGGAUUUCUAUAUUUUCUCUACAUUUUCAGAUACAGUAUGCACACAUUUUUAGUGUAGCAAGUUAUCCCUUUGUAGCAUAGCUUUCAAUUUGGAAAGAACUUCUGUAGCCCUGAGUCGAGAUACAGGACAAAACGCACUUAAGACAGGUCCAAGUGAAUAGCAGUUGGCUUAUACAGCCAUCGAAGAUGCUUCAGUCACAUUGAAACAUUCCAUUCUGUUUCACCUUUUAAACAUUUCUUUAUAUAUUGCAGUUAAAAGCAAGUGUAAUAGAUUAGCACAAUAACAUUUUGUGGAUGCCACAAAUUGUGCGAUUUGUUAAAAACGUUGAAGGUGUCGGAUUAGGAAAUCAUGCUGCUUUUUGAAGAAAUUGUUGCUAGUUACAAUCUUCUCUAACGUAAUCAGUUCUGUGUAUGUUCUGUAUAACCAAUUUGUUGAACUCUUCACUGGAUAUCUAUGAAUACCCUGUUUUAUAGUGGUAAAAUAUUAGUAGUUUGCUGUAAUUAAGGGAGUUUUCAGUAGACAUUUUCACUGUGCUCGAUUACAGUUACAUUUUCCUGAUAUUCCAUCUGGCUAUUUUUUUUUUUUUUACAUUUUUCUAUCAAGAGAAAAUUUAUGUUAAGUUAAAAAAAUAUAUAUAUAUAUAUAUAGGCCUAAUGUUCCAUGAAACAAGAGGGCAUGAAAGUAAUUCUAGACAAUGGAUGGAGCCAGUUGGAUUCCCAUUGUAACAAAAUACUAUGAGGCUGGUUUUGUAGUUAAUGGAACUGGACACAGCAUGUGUUUUAAUAUCCAUAAUAAAUAUCUGUUCAGGUUUGGUGAUCAUUAAACUCUAUAAUGUUUGAAACACAACUGCAUUUUCUGCAGUUACUGUUUCUGGUAGUUUGUAAUUCAACGAGUGGUAAUGCACCAUGAAGCAAGUUGUGAAUAGCAAAAGCCUCAUUCGUUUGGUGUAAUCUUUUACAAAAAUGUCUUGACUUAUCUAAGUUUAAUUAUCAGAGGAUUGUAAGCAGACCUCUCUAUUGACACAUACUAUAUGGCAAAAGGCAUGUGGAUAUCCCUCCAAAUUAUUAAGAAAAGCUGUUUCCUGUGCGGGGUACUUUUAAUGCUACAGCAUGCCAAAAUAUUUAACCACUUGUGUACAUCCUGCCUUGUAGCACCAGUUUGGGGGAAGACCUUUUUCUGUUCUAGCAUGACUUUGCACAAAGCCAGUUCCAUAAAGAUAUGAGUUUAGUGUGGAGAAACUCAAGUGGCCUCCGCACAAUCCUACUGAACAUCUUUCAGGUGAAUUAGAAUGCCAAUUCGAACAGGGUCUUUUCAUUCGUCAUCCUUGCUUAACCUCACAGAUAGCUUCCGAGAAGAGUGGAGGCUGUGUUCUAGCCAUGGUUUUGGAAUGUGAUGUUUUUCCAAGCGUGAUGGUCAGGCAUCUAUAAACUUUUGGCCAUAUAGUAUAUUUACAGUUUUUUUUUUUUUUUUUUUUGCACUACUGAUUUUCGUUGUAUACCAUUAGUGGACUUUUUAAAGGAUGAGUAACUUUCAGUUCCUCUUGGGAUGCUUCUAGUCCUCUGACCUUUAUACGCUGGGUCUCAUAAUGUAGGAACGUUUGUGACAGGUUAAGCUUGGCUUUUCAGCUGAGCCUCUGAUGUCCUCUGCUUAAGUAAUCUGUACAUAGAUUCCAUUUAAAAGUCCAAUAGAGGGCACAGGAGACUUUUAUCGCUUAUCUUUCAAUGGACUUCUCGCAUGAACAUAUAAAGAACUCUCUUCAGCAGAUGAUAUGAGAUGUGCUGAAAAGCCAAGCACAAUGUCACACCAACGGCAGGAGUUGCAGCAAGUUCAUCUAUAGAGUUGAAAGGCCGAAAACUUGAGUAAUUGUUGUUAUUUUAGUAAAGGCUAUUUAAGUGAGCAGACCAUAUUGAAUACCUGUUUUUGUUGGCUCCUUGUACCAGUGUAAAUGAAAGAUUUUAGCAGCAAUUUUCAUUAACUUGUGCUGUCACGUGGUCUUAAGGUUUGAAAAUGUGUCUGUGACAUUUUUCAAUAAAUAGGCUCUAAAUUUAUUGUAAAUCCUCUGCUUAUUUUCAUUGUAUCAUUCAAAUAAGUGACGAUCUUUAACUUUCAGAUGCACCUAGACAUUUGUUCCCUCUAAUCAACUGAGCUGCCAUUCUCCCAAAGUGCCUGAUUUACUUUCACCUCAAGCAUCCACUCAUAUGAAAAAUAUGUAUUUUUUAAAAUUCCCCCUACACGUGAGUGGGAGCUUGAAGUACACGGAGAUGCACUUUUCUUUGCUUUACACUUUAACAGUGGGAGAGACCGCAUCGUUCAGAGAUGUGGAAAGUGGGAAAGUAUGUCUGAGUGCAAACACAAUUGCUUGUAAAAAAUACAGCUUUUCACUCUUCUGAAGAAAGCCAGUUGACCAUAUUUUCAAUUUCUACAACAUGACUUUUUAAACCUAACUGUAUAGUUUUCUGAGAGAGAGUUUUUAACCAAAAGUUACAAAGUAAUAUUAACUUGGCCUCUGAGCUAACACAGCACACCUCUUCUGCAUGACAUUACUGGGCAGCGUUUUUAAUAAAUCUCUUCCAAGUAUAUAUUGUUAAUCCUUUAGUAAAAGAAACGUGCUGAAAUACGUAGUUUCUGUGAAAGCAUAGAUCAAUCGUACUUCUGUUUUGUUUCUGAAAAAAAAAGAGGGUAGGGUAUAAAAAAAUGAAUACAAAAAGCUCUUCUGCCUCCCUAUUCACCAGGCAAAGGAAAAAUGCUCAUAUCUUACUACACAAAGGUCAGUUCACACUUCUGUACUUAAAAUUCAUGCAUUUGUAUUGUUUUUGUAAUUUGUGAAGAACUGUUUACUUUGUGCUUUGUUUUAUGGAAAAGAAGCACAUGGCCAUGUAAACGUUAAAAUACUUAUAAAACAUGUUGUACAUGGGCUUCUUUUCCCCUAUUAAAGCACAUUUGCAGUUGAAUGCACUUAAGCAUGCAUGAUUUAGAAAACUAGAUUGCACUAAACUAAACUGCACCAUUAAAAACAAAGACUUCGAUCCCACUAUUUUAGUGCAGUUUUUAAUGUCUGUAAGGUACAGAAGUGGGAAUGGGCUUCAGAAGGCUUAUAAAAGUUCUGCAGCUAAUUAUAAAAUGUUUUCUACUUGUUUCUAUUUGAGGUGCUGGUACAGCAGUGUUCCAUGAUAUACUCUACUCAGCUCAUCAGGGAUCAAGAGAGUCUGAACUCCCUAAGUAGGCUUGUUUCGUUUAGCAGCAGACUGUUACAGAAUAAAUUGUGACAUAAAUAAUCAUGACUAGGAAUUAAGUACUGAUAUGCCAUUCUAUUCUACAGUUCCUGAGAAAUAUGCAAUUAAAAAGAAUACAAUUCAGUAGAAUUGGUAUUGAAUGUGGAUACAUUUAAUGCGCACAUUAAGGAUAAUGCUGAGUGUGAACUGGCAUAAUUGCUAGACACAAGCAUACUAAAAAUGUUUUUAUUAGUUGGCUGCAAAAAAAAAAAGCAAGCUUUACUAACUCUCAGGAGAAAUGUACUUUCUUUUGUGUUUGUAUAUAAGAAAUACAUGCUUACUCAUACUUGGUGUAUUACAUACACAUUAUCACCUUGAUAUAUCAUUAGCGGCAAAAAAAAAUUUAAGUUUACUAAUAGACUGUUCGAUCUUGCAUCUAAUGAAUACAGGAUAUUCACUAUUCUCCAGCACACUAGAAAUGUUUUAUUAGUUGGGCACAUUUUGGCAAUGCAUAGGAAAACAUAUCUACCAGGUGUAAUCAGCAUUCACAAAGAGAAGACACUUUAAAAGUACAAUGCUUUGUGAAUUCAGAUAGAAUAGAAGGGAUAAAUCUGAAUGUAUUCAUGCAACUGGAUCAUUGGUAACAAGUGCUUAGUCAAUGUAUUGCGUAUAGACUUAAAGCCUAAUUGAAGUCCAGAAAUAGAUGUUUUGGUGGACAGAAAUUGUAUGGACCAUCUCCAUUUUCAUAGUAUUACCUCUACUUGUAUUAUAGCUGUUGUGCAGCGUCUCUAAAUGUGACUGUGCAGCACCAGAGUUUGACCAGCCUGUCCAGUGCACACUAAAGCCUAGUACACAUGAUCAGAAAAUCAGACAAAAAAUACAGUUUUUGAAGCAAUCUUAUGAUAAUAUGAUCAUUGGUACACAGAUUUUGAGAGCCGAUCACAACAGUUCAUGCGAAAUAUUAUCUGAAAAGACAAACACAAAAAAAUGUAUCAUACAAUGCCAGAACAUACGAUAAUGGUUUAAACAGUACAGUAUUCGGCCGAAAAAAAACGAUUACCAGAAACAAAACAAUACAUUACAUUACAAUACAACACAUUACAUCACUUAUAAAGUUGUAUUCUAUUGUACGAGAAUCUUCGUAACUUAAGUAACCUUACUUCUGACAUGAGACUGGCAUGCAG